AGUUCUUUUAUGACAUUGAACUCGUUUUACCCCUACUGUCAUCUUUGACUUUUAACAACUUAGCAGACAGUUGUUUUUGUUCAGUAUGGAUUUUUGGCGAUACACCCGAUGGGCAAAGUAUUCCGAUAAAAACGAGUCAUUAAAAAGAUUCUCCUCUAUCGGGAAUUGGCAUUAUUUGCAUAUACAGUACCCAGUUCUUCAAAUUCCUAGUCCUUUUCGGGGUAGGAUUAGGAGUAGGCUGACUCGUUAUAAAGCAUUUCACCAGUCUUGUAUGCCCUUCUAUAAGGAUUUUUUCAAAUGUGCUCAUGAAGUUGGACAACCAGUGAUGCACGAAGAAUGCUGGGAAGAGUUUCAAGAUAUGAAAGAAUGUGAAAGUUUAUGGAAGACAAAAAUUCGAAUAAAUGUGCUAAACGCCAAGAGACACGAAGAUGGCCUAGAUUUUUUGGAGCGUCCACCUGACUACUUGUUCCACAGACCAUUCAUUACAUUCAGGAAAGAAACAAAAUUGUGAAUGGCUAUCAUGAUGUUUCCCAGUAAUGAUGAGCGAAACUUUUGUUGGUUUAUAUUUAGAAUAAAAAUUGUAUUAAAUUUUUCUUCAGA